AUGGAUUUAGAAAGCAGAAUUAAAGCUUACCGUUUUGUUGCUUAUUCAGCAGUUACCUUUUCUAUUGUUGCUGUUCUUAGUGUAUGUGUAACUCUUCCAAUGGUCUACAAUUAUGUACACCAUGUUAAAAAGGUUAUGCAUAAUGAAGUUCAAUAUUGUAAAGGAUCUGCUAAAGACAUUUGGACAGAAGUUAAUUCUCUUCGAAAAAUCCCUGUAAUUUCUGGAAACAGAACUGCACGUCAAGCUGGAUAUGAUGUUGGUGUUAGUGGUGGUGGUUCUACUAUUGAUGAUAUAUGUGCUGCAUGUUGUCUUCCAGGAGCAGCUGGACCACCUGGACGUCCAGGAAAAGCUGGAAAACCAGGUAAACCAGGUGCACCAGGAAUACCAGGAAAUCCAGGAAAACCACCAGCUCAACCAUGUGAACCAAUUACUCCACCACCAUGUAAACCAUGCCCACAAGGACCACCAGGACCACCAGGAUUACCAGGAACACCAGGUGAUGCAGGAAUAAAUGGAGUUCCAGGAAUUCCAGGACCAGAUGGAGCACCAGGAAAUCCAGGACCUAAAGGACCACCAGGUUUACCAGGAUCACCUGGAACACCAGGACCACAAGGACAACCUGGAACACCAGCACCAUCAGGACAAAUUCUUCCUGGAGAACCAGGACCAGCUGGAGCACCAGGACCACAAGGACCACCAGGAGCACCAGGAUUACCAGGAUCACCAGGAACACCAGGAAAUCCAGGACCAAAAGGAGCACCAGGACCAAAUGGUGCACCAGGAAAUGAUGGACAACCAGGAGCUCCAGGAUCACCAGGAGCACCAGGUGCUUCAGGUGAAAAAGGUAUUUGUCCAAAAUACUGUGCUAUUGAUGGUGGUGUUUUCUUUGAGGAUGGAACAAGAAGACGUUAA